UGACGCUACUAAGUGGGAUGCAGUAAUUGCGGCGAAUCCCGCAUACGCGAAGUGCAGGGAUAAACCAUUUUCUGCUUAUAACAGCAUUGCCUUCUUGUAUAGAUCAACUGUGGCGACCGGCCACUACGGAAUGUCGUCAGAAACAAUGCAACCACCUACUGUUGUUAGUUCAUCGUCGUCUACACCUGGUGAGGCAGGCACCGGCGGUAAUGAAACCGAUGGGCAGUGCAAAUCUUCGCAUUCGCCUACCCCACCUCUCGGCCAACCGCCUGUCGGAGGUUAUGCUAGUGGAUCAGGACAUAGCUCGGCAGGUAAACGACCUAGGUCCCCACCACCCUCUGCACAAACACGCAAACAAUGUACUUCCUCUGCCUGGAGAAAGAAGAAGAGUGACCUUGGAGCAGAGGCAUUGGUUGAGAUGGUAGAGAUCGGGAAGCAAAGGCUCGAGAUUGUACGAGAAAUGAUAAAUAUAGCGAAGGCUAGUCAAUCGACAAUCCCACCAAUUGACGUUUGUAUGAGUAGAGUUUAUAAUCUAGUGGGCACAACGACUAUACGUGCCAUUGCGGCUGGGAUUUCAUUGCGGGCUGAGUCAGAUAGACAUCUUUUUAUGACGUUAAAUGAUGAGCUUGCACUUGUGUGGAUUGACCUCCAAGUUGGCGUGCAUAACCUUAACCAUAGGCCUAACUUUUCGGGAUUCUAGAUAACCGUCGCUAUUUUCUACUCUUGUAUAUUUGGUUUUAGACAUUACUUUUAUCUUCGCGGUACUUUAGGUUGCAUUAUGCUUAUGUGCCUUUUAUGUGUAUUGGUAUUAUGUUGCAUUAUGUGUUGAUUUUGGCUGCUUCCGCGCAGAUUAUAACAUAAUUGUGACAUAAUUACCAGUUUGUAACCUAUGUUAUGUGAAAAAAUUUGUCAUAUCAUGCAUGUUAACAUCUAGUGGCGAAUAUAUUGUUCAAUAUGUACUGCCGUCAUUGUGAUUGCAAUUAGGUUUAGUGUAUUGAUUUUCUUUUUUAU